AUGAGCCUUAUGGGAUCUACUAACAUGUCAUAUCUGAACCCGAAGACAGUGAUCCUGAUUGGGAUCCCUGGACUAGAGCAUGUGCAGUUUUGGAUUGGAUUUCCCUUCUUUAGUUUGUGCCUGGUGGCUCUGCUGGGGAAUGUCAUUUUAAUAAUCAUUAUUGCAACAGAACGCAGUCUUCACCAACCCAUGUACAUCUUCUUGGCAGUGUUGGCAGCCACUGACCUAGGACUCUGUGUAGCCAUUGCUCCCAAGAUGUUGGCUAUCUUCUGGUUUGGCUCCUAUUCCAUGGCUUUUGAUGCUUGCCUCACCCAACUCUUCUUCAUCCACGCUUUGCAGGGCAUGGAAUCUGGCAUACUGUUAGCCAUGGCCUUUGACCGCUAUAUUGCCAUCUGUGAUCCUUUGAGGCAUGCAUCCAUCCUCACACCUCUCUUUCUAGCCAAGAUGGUACUGAUGGUAGCAAUUCGGACAACGGUGCUUGUUGGGAUUUUACCCAUUCUACUAAAACGACUGCAAAUUUUCCAAUCAGUGGUUAUUGCCCAUUCCUACUGUGAGCACAUGGCUGUGGUCAAGUUGGCUGCAGAAGAUGUCCACAUUAACAAAUCAUAUGGGCUUUUUGUGGCCUUUGCGAUUCUGGGUUUUGACCUGAUUUUUGUCUUCAUUUCCUACAUUUUUAUUUUUCGAGCUGUUUCUCACCUUCCUCAGAAGGAGGCACGACUCAAAGCAUUCAAUACCUGCACUUCCCACAUUGUCAUCUUCCUAGAGUUUUAUAUCCUUGCUUUUUUUUCCUUCUUCAGCCACCGUUUUGGACAUGUAUCACCCUAUACGCAUAUAUUCUUAUCUACCAUCUAUCUGCUUGUUCCCCCUGCCCUUAACCCCAUUGUCUAUGGUGUGAAGACCACGGAGAUCCGCAACCAAGUUGCUCAGAUUUGUAUUCUGAAGCAUGACUCCCAGUAG